AGGCGGCGCGGCGGCGGCCAAUAGGCGGCGGCCUCGCGAGCUGCCCGGCAAAAUGGCGGCGCUGCCGGUAGCGGGACCGCUGAGGUGCCGCCGCAGCGGCCGCCAUGCCCGGUAGCCGGCGGAGGGGGCUGUCCCUCAGGCCCGCCGCCCUGAGGAGGCGCAGCGGCGGCGAGGAGCAGCUCAGCCGGCGGCGGGCGGAGCUCCCCGCGGAGGAGGGGGCGGUGGAAGGCGGCGCGGGCCGAGGCCUGCCCGCCGGGGAGGCGGCGUGCUCGCCCCGCGCUGCAGAGCCAUGUUUACAUAAGACACCAAAAAGAUCGUUGAGUAGGAAAUCUCGAAUACCUACUUUCAGCUCUCCUAUUAAUGACACUGAGACGCAGCAAGAAAUCUUUUGGGAUUCUCAUUCACCAAUUGCACACAGACAAGGCAAUGGAAAAACCAAGCAGUCUACCAGUAGAUGCGCAGUAGAAAUUUCAGAAAUUGUUAAUCGUAUUGCUCCCCAGGAUGAAAAAGCAGCCUGUAAUGAAGGCUCCCUCAUAGGAACAUGGAUUGGUGAGGAUGCUAUUCCCUGUACACCUAUGGUAGUAAAAGGGCGAGCUAGGACCAAGUUAAGUUGUACAAGAUAUCCUAAGACAAAAAAUCCCGAAGAGGAACUCAUGAAGUUGGCUAAGGAGUUUGAUAAAAACCUAGUAGAGUUAGAUGCUGUUCAGGAACAGGAAAAGCUUGGUCAUAACUUAAUCGAGACCAACUCAGAGUCUUCAAGUAAUUCUAAAGAUGAAGUAAAUAUGAAAAACCAGAAAUCAGUUCUUGGUGAAGGUUCUGAAACAGAUACUGCUGUGUCCCUGAAACCAGUUGGACAGAGCACUGGCAUCCCUGUGGCAGAGCCCUGUCAAUCCAGCAGUCAAAAGUCUGUAGACCUGGAGGCUGAGGUAGCCCUUCGCGCUCUUUUUGACUCCUCUACCCAGAAAUGCAGCGGACAGUUGAGCCAAGAGCUGUCAGAUAUUUCUCUAAAUAAUAGUUUUCAUAAAAUUAAAAGUACCUUGGAAGAGGAGAACCUUCCUGAGAAAGUCGAAGAGACACAGCAUGGUAAUUCAGAGGCAUAUCAAAAGGAUACUCUGAUUGCCAUAGGAAGUGUUGACCAGAUUUUACCACAACCUGCUACUGACACCCUGACAAAAAAAAAUCCUCCUAAUUUGAAGACACAAUUGAUGGCCUCUACUAAGCUUGCUGGAGUAGUUAAUGAUGACUUUGAUGACUGGGAUACAGAUCUUUUGGCAGAUGACUCUUUUGUGAUGCAGAUAACCCAAAAUCCUGAAUUGAUAAGUACUGAAGAACCACCACAAAUUCCUGCAAAUCCACUUGUGCACAAUUUCAGUGAUGCUAGCGGAACAAGGCAAAGAAGUAGUGGCAACUCAGUAACUCUUUUGGGGACUGCAAACAAAUCUAACAGUUUGCAAUAUUCACCUUUGAAACAUGCUAGUAAAAGCUCACAAAAUGUUGUAAAAUCACUGUCUUUACAAAAACCGUGCAAGACAGAAAACUCAAGGGCAGAGACCAAGGCCUUGCAUGGCAAAUGUGAUGUUAAGCCAGAUAAAAUCAAAUCUGUUUGGAAGAGUACCAGUGAUUUGAACCAUAUUCCUGUUUCAGUGCAAUCUGAAAUCAAGAGUGGAAAUGAAUCUACUGAGCCUAAAAGCGAUGCUCUUCCUCUUUUUCCUUCAAGAUCUAAUCCUCAUAGACAACCAGCAGGAAAACCUGGAAAUAACACUCCUACUAUUUUCUGUCAGUCAUCCAGUGUUUCUACCAACAUGAAACCUAAUGAUCUAACCAAAGUGGUUAACCAAGCUAAUACAGGUCACUCAAAUCAAGAUGAAAUACCAAAGAAAUACUCUCUGUCAUUUGAGGACUGGAAUGAACCAAAAUCCUCUGAUGAGAUAUUAGGUAUUUGUGGAUCAAAUAGUCUUUGGGAUGCAAACUAUGAGGAUGAUGAAUUGUUAUAUCAGGUGUGUGAUGAUAUAGAAAAGCAAACUCAGAGCCAGGAUGUUAAACAAGGAAAUGAAAAAACUAAAACUAUUCAAGGAGCCAGUAUUAAUUCCAUAUCAAAUGCUGGUAGCAGCUUCCCAGCAUCUAAACAAAGACUACCUGAUCUCUUCUUGGCAGAAAAAACAAAUGCAAAACAGGAGGAUCUCUCACCAAAUGAUUCCAGUAGGAAUUCAUCAAAGAUAGUGCAUGGGCUGGCCACAGCAGCUCAUGUGGUGAACUCUAAGAACAUCUCAAAUCCUCAGGCUGUGAUCUCGGGUCCUUCUGUGGAGUGUAAAUAUGCACUGCUUAAAAACUGUCAUCAAGAUGCUUCUGAAGAUGCUGCCAAGACUGUUUCAGGGAAAUGGUACAGGUCAAAUUCUGUGCCAGCAGGAGAGACAGGUUCUGAAGUAAGUCCUGUUAAUGCAGUAAAUAUUUUUAGUAGAAAAGAACUCAACAGCUCACAUAUCUUGUCUAAUGUGGGAAAGAUUCCAAGUAGCAGCUCUGGUAACAAAACUUCACUUGUGCCUUCAAAGUUUAAGUUCCGAAAGAUUAACAAUUCUCAGGGUGGUCUUCAUAUAGGGUCUGAAAAUCCAGGGAAUCCUUCGGGCAUUGGAAUUACUCUGCAGGGUUUGGAAGGAAGCAAGAAUGAGGUGAAUGUGACUUUGCACAGCAAGCUUGACAAUAAGAAAUCACCUUUCAAGAGGCACCUUUCAGAGUCUUUUGUACAGUCUUCAUCAGCAUCUACGGUAGAACAGAAAAAUAGAAAAUGUUCUCAAGAAGAGAUUGAAAGGAAAAAACAAGAAGCUCUUGCACGAAGAAAAUCCAGAACACAGGCAUUCUGUAAAGAUGCUUGAAGUUUGUUUUGUCUGUGGAGUAAGCUUUUGGUAGGGAAAUACUGUAAUGCCAGAAGACCCUUUCUAAACUCUGUUCACAGCUAUUGAUGGCAAGCUUUUUCUGUUUUCCAACAUGAAAAGACCUCAACCUGAACCAUAACUAAUACUCUGGAGGUACUUAGUUUUAAUUAAAAUCAAUCAGUUUCAAAUGUGUAGUCCUAAACUACAUUCAGCUAGAUGAAAUUCUGAGUUCACACAUUGAAAUGAAAUGGCCUGAAAAUCAUGGGAGUAUUGGUAUACACACAUAAUGAAGGUGUCAAAAACAGACUGGAUGUAUUAUUGCAAGUAUUCUAAUCUAUAAGACUCUCAAGUACACACAGAUUAAGAAAUACUAAUGUUUGCUCUAAUGUUUGGUAGAAGAAAUUCUUAAAAUUUUGGGUUAAAUAAAGUACAAUCUAGGAAACAUCCAACAUUGGAAAACUAAUGGAAAUGAACAAACUUUGGAAAGUGUGCUCAGUUUGUCUUACCUAAGGUAAGAAUUGUACAUAGAGAAGGAAGAAUUUAAUAUAAAAGUUCCAUUAUGCAAAAAAGUGUCCUGCAAAGACCAUGUUAUAUUCUUUUAAAUUCAUUUCAGGAAGAACUGGAAAUAUCCUAAGGAAAUUGGAUCACCUUUUUCUAAACAGACAUCACCAAGCUAAUUAAAAAAGGUAGCCUAUGCCAUUUUAGCAAACCAUGUGCAAUAUGUAAUACACCAGGUAAAAUCUCAGCAGCUUUGCAUCAGUUUAGCCAUAUGGGUUGUACUUAGUUUCAAACCAAAGGCUGUUGAAUUGUAAAAAUGCUGUGUCACAUCAACUUAAUGGGCUGAUAGAAUCUUUGAUCUGAUAGAUAGAUGGGUGUAGAGCUCAGACUGCAAAAACUGCCUCUGGGUAAGCUGCAAGAUUUUUCAACUGAGAAGUGCUUAUAUGUAAACAUGUGACACUAUGAAAAGUGACUGUAAUUUUUCUUUGUAAAUAAAUAACUUGGCAAUGUUCCUUCAAAUGUUGGAGGAAGCUUUUGGUUUCUAUAGUAUGCCGUUCUUGUAACUCUUAAAAAUGUAAGUAUUGUAUAUUUGUAAGUCAUCAUUAAAUUUUUUUUC